AUGCAUCAUAGCGGGAUUAAUCUUAAAUGCAACGUAACUGCUCGUGCCUGGACUUUGAUUGGUCCAACUGGAGUUACCGUCAACGAUUGUGAAGCCGUCUGCGAUCCUACCUUUAUUAUGGCGGUAACAGUACUAAACCCUCAUAAUCCAAUCAAUAACAUUAUUUCCGGAGAAUUAAGAUCCGCAAUAAAGAAAGACAUCUUGUCAGCCUUUUUCACGGUCAAAGCUACUUCACUUACACCCAAUCCUUCCGUUGAUGGUGUCUGGUUUAGAUCUUUCACUUUUGUGAGAUAUUAG